UUCGAUCAUCUAAACAUCAGCAAGGAAACUUCUGAGAACUACCAUUUCUCAAAGCACAGUAAGAAAAGAUCUGCCAUCUUUAGUCCAAUAGAGAGUUUGGAGAGAAAAGAGAUACAAAAUGAUGGAGGAUCUCUUCACUGUUUUUUGUGGGGAAUCUGAUUGUUCAUUUGAGGGUGGGAAGCAAUGUGGUUCUGUUUUUAUGUUCUUUACUUAUCCUUCUUCGUGCAUCAACAAUGCCUUGGCAAUUGCCUUCAAUAUCCUGCUCCUGUUCAUGUUGUUAUUCAACUUCAUUCACAAACCAUCUCCAGCAUUGCUUCAAACACCUUCCUGCAUUCAAGGCCUUUUGCCUUUUCAGAUAUUCUCUUCAAUUUUUAAUGGUGGUCUAGGCAUGGUUUACUUUACUUAUGGGAUCUGGAUACUGCAAGAGAACUUGAGAAAAGUGCAGACUAUUCUACCUCUGCAUCAGUGGCUGGUGCUGUUAUUUCAAGGCUUUACAUGGUUCCUACUUUCUUUCAUCAUUAGCCUUCGUGGAAAACGACUUCCAAAAGCAUUUUUAAGGCUUUGGUCCAUUCUUGCGUGCUUGGUUGCAGGAAUUCUUUUUUUUUCUUCUCUUUUGGCUGCGAGCGUGGGGAAACAGACAUCAGUUAAGAUUGUUUUGGAUAUUUUAUUGUUGCCAGGAGCAAUCUUAUUGCUGCUAUGCACUUACAAGGUAUACAAAUAUAAAGAGACUCAUGAUUCUAUUGACAGCGCUGCCCUCUAUACACCUUUGAAUGGACAGGCCAAUGGGAGUGGUAAAACUAAUUUGGAUAGCAUUGUGACUCCUUGUGCUGAAGCUGGAAUUAUCAGUAAAAUGUUAUUUUGGUGGUUAAACCCCUUAGUGAGGAAAGGUAAGGAGAAAACCCUUGAAGAGGAAGAUAUACCCCGCUUACGUGAAUUAGACAGAGCAGAAACCUGUUACACCCUCUUCAUGGAACAACUGAACAGACACAGACAAUCCAAUUUGUCUACCCCACCAUCAAUUUUGUGGACAAUAGUCUUCUGCCACUGGAAAGAGAUUUUAAUUUCUGGGUUCUUUGCAUUGCUUAAGAUAAUCACACUGUCUGCUGGUCCUCUACUUCUUAAUGCAUUCAUUCAGGUUGCUGAAGGAAAAGAAGUCUUCAAAUAUGAAGGUUAUGUAUUAGCCAUCUCUCUAUUCAUUGCAAAAUGCUUAGAAUCGUUGUCACAAAGGCAUUGGUACUUCCGCUCUAGAAUAAUCGGCCUCCAAGUCAGGUCUGUGCUCUCAGCAGCUAUUUAUCGAAAACAACUUAGACUCUCAAAUGCUGCAAAGAUGAUGCAUUCAGCCGGUAAUAUAAUGAACUAUGUCACUGUAGAUGCUUAUCGAGUUGGUGAAUUUCCUUACUGGUUUCAUCAAACAUGGACAACAGGCCUCCAGCUUUGCAUUGCAUUGGUGAUUCUCUUCCAUGCUGUGGGACUUGCAACAUUUGCAGCCCUAGUUGUAAUUGUACUCUUUGUCCUCUGCAAUUCUCCCCUGGCCAAACUACAGAACAAAUUCCAAGCUAAGCUCAUGGCAGCCCAAGAUGAGAGGCUGAAGGCUUGUUCUGAGGCUCUUGUGAAUAUGAAGGUGUUGAAGCUGUAUGCAUGGGAGACCAGUUUCAAGGAUGUUAUAGAAAGAAUUAGGGCUGAGGAAUAUGUAUGGUUGUCAGCAGUACAGAUGAGAAAAGCGUACAACAUAAUUCUGUCUUGGUCAUCCCCCGUAUUGGUCUCAGCAGCUACUUUUGGGGCAUGUUACUUCCUCGGUAUUUCUCUUAAUGCUAGUAAUGUUUUCACCUUUGUAGCAACUGUACGUCUUCUCCAGAAUCCUGUUAGAUCAAUCCCUGAUGUUAUUGGAGUGGUCAUUCAAGCAAAGGUUUCACUAGAACGAAUUGUCAAGUUUCUUGAGGCACCUGAGUUGCAAAAUGAAAAUAUUAGGCAAAAGUAUAAAGCUGAGGAGUACAGGCACUCUCUUUCUAUCAAGUUAGCCAAUCUUUCAUGGGAGGAGAAUCCAUCUAAGCUCACAUUAAGAAACAUAAAUUUAGCAGUUAAACCUGGCGAAAAAGUGGCUAUCUGUGGAGAGGUUGGCUCAGGAAAAUCAACCCUUUUAGCAGCAAUUCUGGGAGAAGUUCCACUUAUGGGGGGAACUAUUCAAGUUUAUGGAAAGGUUGCCUAUGUUUCUCAGAUGGCAUGGAUCCAAACAGGAACAAUACAAGAGAAUAUUCUGUUUGGUUCUGCCAUGGAUAAACAAAGAUAUCUAGAAGUGCUUGAGAAAUGUUCAUUGGUAAAGGACCUUGAGAUGCUACCCUUUGGUGAUCUGACUGAAAUAGGAGAAAGAGGAGUUAAUUUAAGUGGUGGUCAGAAGCAGCGCAUUCAACUCGCACGUGCAUUGUAUCAGGAUGCUGAUAUUUAUCUUUUGGAUGAUCCAUUUAGUGCCGUUGAUGCACAUACUGCCAUGAGCCUAUUUAAUGAAUAUGUGAUGGGAGCUCUAUUAGGGAAGGCGGUCGUACUUGUAACCCACCAAGUUGAUUUCCUUCCUGCAUUUGAUUCUGUUUUGUUAAUGUCUGAUGGGGAAAUCUUACAUGAUGCUCCUUAUUACCAAUUAUUAGCCUCUACUCGAGAAUUUCAGGAUCUAGUCAAUGCACACAAGGAUAUUGCGGGUUCUGAAAGGCUAGCUGAGAUUACUUCACAGAGGGGUAAAAUUACUUCCGCAGAGAUUAAGACGACUUACACUGAAAAACAGUUCAAAGCAACAACAAGAGAUCAGUUGAUUAAACAAGAAGAAAGAGAAACUGGAGAUACAGGAUUUAAUCCUUAUCUACAGUAUCUAAAUCAGAAUAAAGGCUUAUUGUAUUUCACAAUUGCAAGUCUUGGUCACAUCAUAUUUGCGGUUGGGCAGAUAUCUCAGAACUCUUGGAUGGCUGCUAAUGUUCAGAAUCCUCAUGUUAGCAAGUUGAUGCUGAUAACAGUCUACUUCGUGAUUGGAUGUGGUUCAACAUUCUUUUUGCUCUUUAGAUCAUUUUUCGUAGUUGUUUUGAGCAUCCAGUCAUCAAAGUCCAUAUUUUCUCAGUUAUUGAACUCUCUUUUCCAUGCACCAAUGUCUUUUUAUGACUCAACUCCCCUGGGAAGGAUAUUGAGUCGGGUCUCUUCUGAUUUGAGUAUUGUAGACCUUGAUGUCCCGUUCAGUUUAAUUUCUACUGUUGGAGCUACCACAAAUGCUUGUGUGAGUCUUGGAACAUUGGCUGUUGUAACUUGGCAAGUUCUAUUUGUCUCCCUACCAGUGAUUUGCCUGGCACUAUGCUUGCAGAAAUACUACUUUGCUUCUGCGAAGGAGUUAAUGCGAAUCAAUGGGACAACUAAGUCUUUUGUAGCAAACCAUCUAGCAGAAUCCGCUGCUGGAGCCAUGACAAUCAGAGCAUUUGAGGAUGAGGAGCGAUUUAUUGCAAAGAAUUUCGAUGUCAUUGAUAGAAAUGCUAGCCCGUUCUUCCACAAUUUUGCAGCAAAUGAAUGGUUAAUCCAACGUUUAGAACUUUUGAGUGCCACUGUUCUUUCCUCCUCAGCACUUGCUAUGGUUUUGCUUCCUCCGAGAACUUUUGGCUCAGGGUUUGUUGGAAUGGCACUAUCUUAUGGUCUUUCUUUGAACAUUUCCCUCAUUAACUCUAUUCAGAACCAGUGUACGCUAGCAAAUUACAUCAUUUCUGUUGAGAGGCUAAACCAGUACAUGCAUAUACCCAGUGAAGCCCCUGAAGUCAUAGAAGAGAACCAGCCCCCACCAAGUUGGCCAGCUGUGGGAAAAGUGCAGAUCCAUGAUUUGAAGAUCAGAUAUAGGCCCGAUACUCCACUUGUUCUUUCUGGGAUCAGCUGUACAUUUGAAGGAGGACAUAAGAUUGGUAUUGUUGGCCGCACAGGUAGUGGGAAAACGACUUUGAUUGGUGCUCUGUUUCGUCUUGUGGAGCCAGCAGAUGGAAAGAUCAUCAUAGACAACCUAGACAUCUCCAUGAUAGGGCUUCAUGAUCUGAGAUCACGUAUUGGGAUCAUACCUCAAGAUCCUACUCUUUUCAAUGGGACUAUAAGAUACAAUUUGGACCCAUUAUCACAAUAUACUGACAAGGAAAUAUGGGAGGUCCUUCAAAAAUGCCAACUUCAAGAGGCUGUACAAGAGAAGGAAAAGGGUCUGGAUGCUUUAGUAAUGGAAGAUGGAUCAAACUGGAGCAUGGGGCAGCGGCAAUUAUUCUGUUUAGGCCGUGUUCUGUUAAGGAAAAGCCGGAUAUUGGUUCUUGAUGAAGCCACUGCAUCAAUUGACACUACAACAGAUUCAAUACUCCAGAAAACCAUAAGGACUGAAUUUGCAAAUUGCACUGUAAUUACAGUGGCCCACAGAAUACCAACGGUAAUGGAUUGCACAAUGGUGGUCGCCAUAACUGAUGGUAAAGUAGUGGAAUAUGAUGAACCAACAACAUUGAUGAAGAGAGAAGGAUCAUUGUUUGGCCAGCUUGUUAAGGAAUACUGGUCGCAUUUCCACUCAGCAAAUCAACAUUAGCUAAUGAAAGACAAUCCAACCAGAAUAAGUAGUGGGUUUCAUUGCUUUGAUCAAGA